AUGUCUGGCCGACCCUCAGGAUCCGGUCGAAGCUCGGCCACCCCGGCUGGUUCUCGGCCUGGAUCACGUGCCGGAUCCCAGGCUGGAUCUCCCAUUCGAGGUUCUAGCAAGCAAUCCGGAUUCCCUCAGGGCCCCGGAUACGAUCCCGCUCGCGAUCGACCCGAACUUACACCAGCCCAACGGCUUGGCAAGCGUUUUGACUUGCCAGCUGAUGCAUACAAGACUGAUGGUGCAAAGGAAACACGCUUUGCAGCCCGCCCCGGUUUCAACACCGAUGGUAAAGGUAUCAAGAUUCAGUUGAACUUGUUCGCUGUCACGAGCUGGGCAGACAAAGAGGUCUAUCAGUACGAUAUCAUCGUGUCUCCCAACCCUAAAGAAUCCAACGCUCUGAUCAAGAAGGUCUGGAACACAAAGACCGUCACAGAGGAACUAGCAAAGAAGGGUGGCAUGUGGCUUUAUGAUGGCAGCAAGCUGGCCUGGUCUUCAGAGAAGAUUGACCGUAAUGAAGCUCGCUUCAUGGUUGAUCUUGACUCUCUGAAGGAAAAGGCCGAGCAUGAGGACAUCGCCAAACAGGUCGGCAAGACAAGUGUUUACAGCCUCACGAUUCGACAGACAACAACCAUCCGCCUGUCGUACCUUAAAGCCUAUCUCCAAGGCAAAAUCUCCUGGGACACACACGUCUUAGAAUGCAUGAAUUUCUUUGAUCACUGUCUACGCCAGUUCCCCUCGGAGCAGUGGGUUACCAUCAAACGUAACUUCUAUGAUCCUAUGUUCCCCGUCGGAGGUCUUUCAGGUCAAUUGGUAGUAAACCAAGGCAUCUAUUGCGCACCUCGCCUUAGCGAGUCUAUCAACAGAAAGGGAACAGGCCUUGCGAUCAAUGUUGACCGAUGCCAGACUGCAUUCUGGCCCGUUCACAGUAUUGAUCAACUAGCCCUAAAUCUGUUGAAUGGGAAUAAGCCGGAAUGGUCCACAUGGGACGAACACAAGAUGGCAUACAACUUGAAGCCUAAAGAGGAAGUUGACAAGAAAAAUGGAGGAACCAAGAUUGUCCCCUCCGAAGCCUUUUCCUUCCUUCGACGAUUAGCCAAACUGAAGUUCCACGUGAACCAUCGAGGAAAACUUGGUAGGCCUAAGGUCUACACCAUCAAGAGGCUCACAUUCAAUGAGAAAUUCGGUACCGAUGGUGCGAAUGCGCGCACAAUGACCUUUGAAAAGACCCUAGAGAACGGAACAAAGCAGACAGUGUCUGUCUUCGAUCACUACCAGGAUCGUUGGGGUAUCCGCCUACGAUGGUCCAAGCUUCCUCUCAUUGAGGCCACGGACGGAAGUCUCUUCCCGCUGGAGCUAUGCAAUAGCAUUAAAGACCAGAGGUAUACGUUUAAGCUAAACGCCGAACAGACUACGGACAUGAUUAAGGCAGCCGCCACCAGACCACCAAAGCGCCGAGCCGAUAUCAUCGAAGGGAUUACUCACCUAAAGUGGUCCGAAGACCCCUAUUUGAGGGCCUUUGGAAUCCAAAUAAGUUCUUCUAUGGUUGUUACGGAUGCGCGACUCCUAACAAAUCCCGAGGUUGCCUUUGCCAACCAGAAGAUCAACCCAGGUGUAAGUGGCCGGUGGGAUCUUCGUGGCAAGAAAUUCUUGGAGGCAAACCGCGUACACCUACACUCCUGGAGCGUUGUAUGCUGUGGAGAAGACACUAUGACUAAAGGGGAGUUGGAAAUCUUCGGCAGAGAGUUUUCCUCAGUAUACCGAGGCCAUGGAGGCAUAAUCAUGAAACCCGCGGUUUGUCUCACUAUCGGAUUUGGGGAUGGAAACUAUUCCAAGAUUGUUGAGCAGGCAUACAACUUGACCCAGAGUGCCAAUCCUGGCAUUGAUCCUCAAAUGAUAUUCUUCGUCUUACCAACUAAGAACCAGCUUGUCUACGAGCGUGUUAAGAAGAGUAUGGAUUGUCGAUACAAUCUAGUCUCGCAGUGUGUCCAAGCAAGCCACGCGAGGAGAGCCCAGGCACAGUACCUAAGUAAUGUUGCCAUGAAGGUGAACAGCAAACUCGGAGGUGUCACAUGCAAAAUCCCGAAUGUGACCAAGCCCAACCAGCCACCAUUCUGGUCUCGACCCACCAUGAUGAUCGGUGUUGAUGUGUCCCACGCUGCGCCGGGCAGCAGCCAGCCAUCCAUGGCUGCUUUGACUAUGUCCAUGGAUAAGCACGCCACCCGCUUUGCCGCAGCUUGCCAAACGAACGGCUGGCGAGUUGAGACUAUUCAACCAGACAUAAUAGAAGAGAUGCUUUUGAAGCUUGCGAAGCACUGGGUCCAUAUAAAUGGUACCCAUCCACAGCACAUUUACUAUCUCCGAGAUGGCGUCUCGGAGGGCCAGUUCCAUGAUAUCCUCAACAAAGAGGUACAUAACAUACGCCUAGUAUUCCAGAAACUAGGCUACGGAACCCCUAAAUUCACCGUCAUCAUUGCGACGAAACGUCAUCAUGUCCGGUUUUUCCCUACACCACACGACAAGGCAUCCGGUGAUCGCAACGGCAACCCGUUACCUGGCACAUUGGUGGAACGAGACGUAACACACCCGCAGCACUUUGACUUCUAUCUUUGUUCGCAUGUAGCGAUCCAAGGCACUGCUCGUCCGGUUCAUUACCAGGUCAUUCUUGAUGAGGCUAAUGUCAAACCCAAUGAGCUCAUGAAAAUGAUUUACCAGCAAUGCUACCAGUUCUGCCGCUCGACUACACCAGUAUCACUACAUCCGGCGGUGUACUACGCGCAUCUUGCAUCAAACCGUGCGCGUUCGCAUGAGGAUAUCAACUCGGAUAAGAUGAUCAUGGCAUACGGCAAGUCGGGCUUCCCAUACGCGAAGAGCGACGGGGAAAUCUACGAGGAGGCCGAAGAACGGGUCAAGAUAAGGCCACCCCGCCUACUAACGAUGGCGAACACCAGAUGGAAGAUAGAUCGGAUUGCCUUUAUGAACUCAACUAUGUGGUAUGUAUAA